CUAUCUCUUGUACCAUUACCAAAUUCUCACUCGAAAAUCGGAAGUUCUUGCUCUACGUUGCAGCGCCAAUAAUGCCGAGCGGAGAAAACAAUUAUCAAAUCAUGGACGGACUGGAUGUUAGAAGUUCACCGAGCCACAUUCUUUCACAAUGUAAAGACCACCAUGGCGCGGUACAACGAGAGAUGCACAGCAACUGCGAGCCCGUCCCGUUCCCGAUCGCGAUUGUUGGCAUGUCAAUGAGGCUUCCUGGCGGUGUCAAUGGUGAGAAGGAUCUCUGGGACUUAUUGAUCAACAAACGCGACGGUCGUUGCAUAGUUCCCGAGGACCGAUACAACAUAGAAGCAUUCUACGAUGAGACUCGUCCUGGUGCGAUUCGGACACAGCAUGGCUACUUCCUUCAGCAAGAUAUAUCGCAGGUUGAUGCUGGAUUCUUCGGUAUGAGCAAGCUAGAAGCUGGGAAACUCGACCCGCAACAACGGAUACUGCUUGAAGUUGUAUGGGAAUGUUUGGAAAAUGGGGGCCAACUCCCGUCCGAAUGCCGUGGAAAGGACAUUGGAUGUUACGUUGGAGUGUUUGGCGAGGACUGGUUGGAUUUGAUGAGCAAGGACACCCAGGCCAUCGAUCGGUUCAGGGUCGUCAGCGCGGCGGAUUUCGCCCUUUCGAACCGAAUAUCCUACGAGUAUGAUCUGCGGGGCCCCAGUAUCACAUUUCGCACUGGUUGCUCUGCGGCCCUUGUCGGUCUACACGAUGCGUGUCAGGCAUUAUACACAGGCGAAUGUUCGUCGGCGUUGGUGGCUGGGACCAACUUGAUCAUCACACCCACCACUACUAACGCCGUCUCGGAGACUAUGGCACUUUCCCCAGAUGGAAUUUCGAAAACCUUCGAUGCUUCUGCAGAUGGUUAUGGAAGAGGAGAAGCAGUAAACGCAAUCUACAUCAAGCCGUUACAUGCAUGCCUCAGGGAUGGUGAUCCCAUUCGCGCCGUGAUACGAUCUACAGCUGUCAACUGCGACGGCAAGACACCUAGCAUAACAACUCCGGGGUCGCAAGCACAGGAAGCACUCAUCAGAAAAGCUUAUCAGAAAGCAGGUAUUUCUGACAUCAGUAAAACAGCGUUCUUCGAGUGUCACGGAACUGGCACAAUCGUUGGCGACACGGCCGAAACAACUGUAAUUGCCAAUGUGUUUGGUCACGAAGGCAUACAUAUUGGAGCGGUAAAACCAAACUUGGGCCAUUCAGAAGGCGCUUCUGGUAUUACCAGUGUGAUCAAGAGUGUACUCGCGCUUGAGCACAGAAUCCUUCCUCCCAAUAUACAUUUCAAUACCCCAAAUCCUAACAGUAGAUGUGAGAGGAUCAGCGUCAACUCAUUCGGUAUAGGGGGUACCAACGCGCAUGUUGUCUUGGAUUCUGCCCUCUCUGUAGGUGUAAGAUCCCGGUCUGGGGUAACAUCCGACGAAAGACCAGGCCCACCACACCUUUUGCUCGCCUCUGCCAAGUCGGCCACAUCGCUGGAUAGCAACGUCAAGACAAUCAGCGAUUAUCUACAUGACAUUCCAUCUGCUGCUGCAGAUAUUGCAUAUACACUGGCGUUCAAACGAGAGCACAUGCAACACCGAGCCUUUGCCAUCGUGGAGAAAGAUGGGACAAUUUCGACAUUUGAGAAAGCGCGUGCAAUCAACCCGCAGAUAUGCUUCGUCUUCACCGGACAAGGCGCACAGUGGCCAGGCAUGGGUCGAGAGAUGAUCCAGAACUCAGAGAAGUUCCGGUUAGCCAAGUUCGCACAGCCCCUUUGUACCGCCAUUCAGGUGGCCCUGGUGAGCUUCCUCCGGGAGCUGGGGGUCGUGCCGUCCAUUGUGGUAGGACAUUCGAGUGGCGAAAUUGCCGCGGCCUAUGCUUCAGGAGCAAUUACCGCCUCCUCUGCCAUCAAGAUCGCGUAUUUCCGUGGCCUGGCUAUGGAGUCAGCCAAAGGAAAUGGUGCUAUGGCGGCAGUCGGUUUGGGACGUGCUGAAGCAGAGAAAUAUCUCAAGAAUGGCGUGGUUGUGGCGUGCGAGAACAGCCCUGAAAGUGUGACCAUCUCCGGAGACGAACAAGCGGUCGAUGAAAUGUUGAAAGACAUACAAGCACAAGGCGAGGUGUUCUGCCGGCGUCUUGCAGUCAAUGUGGCUUACCACUCACACCACAUGAAUGAGGUGGGAGAACUAUUCGAGUCACUACUUUCGGAAAUUUGUUUCAAUGAAUCUAUGAUUCCACUAGUAUCCACGGUUACAAACGAAACUAUCUCUGACCCUUGCGCUCUGAGUCCCUCAUACUGGAGAAGAAAUGUGGAAAAUCCAGUCAUGUUUAACACGGCACUGAGCAAGAUAUUGAGUGAUGAUGAAAAGGCUCUGGCAUUUGUUGAAAUUGGACCACACUCGGUGCUCUCUGGCCCCUUGCGGCAAAUCAUCGCCGGUACAGAUUCCAAGCGAAGCUGCUCAUACACAUCAACCCUUAUUCGAAAUGAAGACCAAUGGAGAUGCUUGAUGAACACGGCUGGCCAGUUAUAUACCCAGGGAAUCUCUCUGAACCUAUCGUCGUUUGUCUGUCCUGCAGCAACAGUGACAGACCUUGCUCCUUACUCGUGGGAUCAUAAUGAAUCCUUCUGGAGUGAGACCCGUCUAACGAGGGACUGGAGGCUUCGGUCAGCUCCCCACCACGAGCUGUUAGGAAGUCGAGCUCUGGAAUCGAGCGACUUGGAACCUGUAUGGCGGAACAUGCUACAAGCUGAGAAUGUACCGUGGCUAUUGGAACAUAAGAUAGGGGGAGAGGUCGUCUUUCCAGGUGCCGGAUACGUGGCAAUGGUCGGGGAGGCUAUGCGUCAGAUUUCCCAGGUCCCCGAAUAUUCGGUGAAAAACGUGUUUAUGCGAGCUGCAUUGGUGCUGAAAGAGGCGAAGCUGCAGCACGUUGAGAUUAUUACUAGCCUCCGACCGGUGAAACUGACCGACAGUCUGGACUCUGGUUGGUACGACUUUACAAUCACUGCAUAUAACGAAGGCGAGUGGAAGAAACAUUGUGUCGGGCAGGUGCGGGCAGAGCCAGAUGGCUUCAGUGAUGAAUAUGGUAUAGUAUCUCCAUACUCACGUAAGGUGCUGGCCAAGGAAUGGUACGACGCUUUGGAGAAACGAGGACUGGAGUACGGCUCCAAUUUCCGCGGGCUUCGAGAUAUCACCGCAAGCCCUACCACAGCCGAGGCAGCAGCAACGUUAUGUGAGCCUACUGCGCUGACCGGUAGUCGCUAUUCUCUCCAUCCUGUCGUGAUAGACCAAUGUCUCCAGCUGUUGAGUGUAGCAGGAGCCAGAGGAAUUCAGCGUUCCAUGACUCAAUUGUGCAUCCCCACCGCUAUUGAGAGUCUAUACGUUGCCCCUGGACAAGAGGUGAUGUCUUUGAAAUCGACAUGCGAUACAGCUGGGAAUAUGUUCACUGGAGAUGCUUUAUUAGUUGCGGAUGGAAAGCCUGUGCUUUCUCUGAGGCGCUGCUUCUUUUUCGGAAUCAGUGAGUCCGCGAUCAACGAUGCAAAUGGCGCGUCCGCCGCAACGCUGCAUUGGAAACCACAUAUAGAUUUUCUUCCACUUGACGGCCUAAUCCCAAAAAUUGCAGCGGACAUAGAUCGCGGGAGAAUCGCUAUGGAAUUUACGAACCUAUUCAUACUGGAGGCAUACCGGCGGACGAGAUCAGCCAGGCCAACAAAGGAGCACUUGAAAAAGUACCACAAGUGGUUGCUUUCGCAAUACGAAAGAACAAGACGCGAACACCCCAGUCUUAUCCUCGAAAUGGACAAGUCUGGCUCCAACCCAGAAGGGUGUAUGUCGCAGAUCGAGGAGUCUGGCAAAAACAUCGAGCAUGCUUUGGCACGCAGUGUAUAUACUGCCGGUUAUGAGAUGCUGUCACAUAUUGAAGGCAUCUUAGAUGACAGCGUCGACGCCCUAGAGGUCAUUAGCGGAAGUGAUGCAGUCAGUAGUAUGUAUGAGGAGUCCUCUCGUCUAUGUCCGACCGAGAAUUUCCUGUCACUGCUCAGCCAUUCCCGUCCAACACUCAGAGUCCUGGAGGUUGGAGCAGGAACAGGCGGCGCCACCUCGGCAGUUCUCGAUGCCCUUUAUGAUUCAACAAAGCACCAAGGUCCUUUGUAUUCCAGCUAUACAUUCACUGAUAUUUCAGCGGCAUUUUUCGCAAAAGCAAAAGAGCACUUUAGGAACUUCCCUGGGAUGAUAUACGAGACAUUCGAUAUAUCCAGGGACCCUGAGGACCAAGGCUUUGCCGUAAACAGCUAUGACUUGAUCAUCGCUUCAAAUGUCGUCCAUGCUACCCCCAAAAUAUCAACCUCGCUUCGCAACCUGAAUAAACUACUGGCUCCAGGAGGGUGGCUUUUCCUUACAGAGCUCUGUCCCGGACUUCCAAUAGUCAAUUUCAUAAUGGGUACUCUCCCAGGCUGGUGGAAUGCAGAAGAUUCAAGAGAAACACCAAUGGUUACCGUCUCACGAUGGCAUCAAGAGCUCCUGGAUGCGGGAUUUACUGGUGCGGACAUAGUUCGAUACGACAACGAACCGCCAUACGAGACUAACGCUUACAUUCUAUCACGGCGACCGGAAGCGAGGGCACCUCUCUGUAAAGAGAUUGGUUUCCUUUAUAGGGGCAAGGUCCCUAAUCUGGCAUAUACACUUGCACAGGCUUUCACCCACCAAGGCGUCAAGGUCACUUGGUUGACUCUGAACGACCUGUCUUGUUUAAUGACGGACAUUAUAUCCUUCCUUGACCUCGAUAACCCUUUUUUGGACAGUCUUUCGGAGGAUGAAUUCCGUGCUUUUCAACGCUUUCUUUCUGGCGUCAAAGGCCACUGCCUCUGGCUGAUGCCGCCGGUUCAAUUUGGCGGUGAAGAUUCAGACCCUCGAUUUGGCCUAACGCUGGGAUUGAUGCGAACGGUAAGGAAAGAGAUCUCUACAAAUUUUGCAACCCUUGAAUUUGAGCAGAGUGAACCUGGUGCAGCAGAGAAGAUUGCGCUUGUAUUCGAAAGAAUCUGUCGACAAUCAGGCAAGAACCCGAUUUACCAGGACUACGAGUUUGCCCUUAAAGAUGGAGCAGUUCAUGUCGGUCGAUUUCACUUCCAAUUCCUCCACCAAAUGAUGGCUGCCAAUGAUAGCUUCGAGCAGAGGUCUUUAGAUAUUGGGUGCUUUGGUAUCUUUGAUUCUUUGACUUGGGCCCUAGAUGGGCGUGUGGGACACCUUGGGGAGCAUGAUAUCGAAGUGGAUAUCCGAUUUGUGGGGCUCAAUUUCAGAGACAUCAUGAUAUCGAUGGGACUGAUGGGAGAAACUUCCGAGAUCGGACUUGAAGCGGCCGGUAUUGUCUGCAAUGUGGGAUCAGGGGUACAGAACAUUCAAGUAGGAGAUAAGGUGUCAGUUUUCGGAAAGGGCUUAAUGGGCACAAGAAAAAUAGUGCCUGCGGAGACUUGUCAUGUGCUCCCUGAAGGAUCGUCUCUCGAAGAUGCAGCAGCAGGUCCCUGCGUAUUCUCCACUGCUCUCUACUCAUUGGUGAAGUGCGGAAAUCUACAGAAGGGGCAGACAGUUCUCAUCCACAGCGCGUGCGGUGGUGUCGGUUUGGCCGCAAUUCAGAUAUGUCAGGCAAUCGGAGCCGAGAUAUUCGCCACGGUCGGAAGCAAGGAAAAGAGAGAACAUCUCAUGGAGGAGUUCAAGCUUACUGAGGAUCGUAUAUUUGAUUCCAGAAGCGUUAGCUUCCACAAGGAUAUAAUGAAGGCGACCGGUAAUAGAGGUGUAGACCUCGUUCUGAACUCCCUUUCCGGCGAACUAUUGCAUGCCUCUUGGAAGUGCGUUGCCCCCAUGGGAAAGAUGAUUGAGUUGGGUAAGCGUGACUUCCUCGGUCAUGGUAAGCUGGAUAUGGACCUUUUCAUGGGAAACCGAACCUUCAUUGGUGUGGAUCUUCUUCAAAUUGGCGAGCAGGACCCUGAUAUUAUUCGGAGCUUAAUACAGCAAUUCGCUCACUCUUUAGAGCAAAGGAAGCUCCGUCCUAUCCGUCCAGUUACUGUUUUCAAAGCGUCCGAUAUUGCUAAAGCGUUUAGGCACAUGCAGACUGGCAAACACAUGGGCAAGAUUCUGGUGGAAAUGCCUGAGAAUCCAUCCGAAUUACCAGUGUCUAAAUUGCAGGCUAAAGGAGCCCUGUUCCGCGGUAAUGCUUCUUACUUGUUGGUUGGUGGGCUUGGGGGUCUCGGGCGUGCAGUGGCAAGAUGGAUGGUGGAAAAAGGUGCCCAGCAUUUGCUAUUCAUGUCCCGGUCCGGCUUGGAGGCAACCAAGGCUCGGGAAUUCGUCCAGGAUAUGGAGUCUCAGGAAAACUGUCACGUUCAGGUAGUGACAGGUGAUGUCACCAAUAUCAACGAUGUUGAACGAGCCGUGUCUGCCGCGGUACGACCUAUAGCAGGAAUUAUGCAGUUGUCCAUGGUGCUACGAGAUCAAACAUUGGAUGACAUGGAAUACAAGGAGUGGACCGAGGCACUUGCUCCUAAGGUCCAAGGCACGUGGAAUGUUCAUCAGGCGACGCAGAGUUGCUCUCUGGAUUUCUUCGUCCUGCUCAGCUCUGUCUCUGGUACUGCCGGGCAUAUCGGCCAAGCAAACUACGCGGCUGCUAAUACCUUCUUGGACGCUUUUGUCACUUACCGUCAGUCAAAGGGGCUACCAGCUAGCGUACUCGACAUUGGUUUCAUGGGAGAUAUCGGUGUUAUCGCUGAAACGUCUCAUAGAGCUAGGGAAAUGGUUGAAAUGAGCUCAUGGGAAAUCCUGGAAGAGCACGAUCUACUCAAGGCCCUGGAAAUACAGAUCAUGGGGAGUGCACCCCAACUGGCCUUAGGGAUGGGAACAACAAAGCCGGUGUCUGAGAUGGAGAAUGGUGUUACAGUAGGGCAGGAUGCUCGUUUCCUGGCGUGGCAUAACAUGCUGACUGCUUCGGACGGCGGGAGCGCAAGCCAAGAUAACGAGCUCAAAACGUUCGUAAACACGAUCAAGCGCAAUCCCUCUCUUCUCUAUGAUCCAGCUACAGAGACCAAGAUUACGCUCGAGAUCGGUCGAAUGGUUGCCUCGAACAUGUCCUAUCCCGAUGAUAUGCCGUAUGAGGAGCUCUGUGAGAUUGCAAUUGACUCAUUGAUGACCAUUGAGAUACGCAGCUGGUUCCGGCGAAAUGUCGGCGUUGAGGUAUCACUCGCUCAGAUUUCAAAGGCACAAAACGUCAAAGGACUCGGCGCGAUUACCAUGCAGGUCCUCCGUGAGAAGCACAAGUCCGGGGAGCUUGAGAACGCGAAGGGGUCUCUUGUCGGUAACGGCAAAGACGAUGUUGAUGAGAGCGUGCUCUAUCGGGCGGACUUGGAGUUGGCUAAGUCUCUAGAGCCAAUAUCAGAGCACGUCCCGUGCUGGCAUUCCCAAUCUGAAGGACGGGUGUUUGUGACUGGAUGCACCGGGUUCCUGGGUGCCUUCUUUCUCUCUACUCUAACUAGUCACCCACGGGUGAAGGAGAUCGCGUGCUUGGUGCGAGCGCCAGAUGCCGCAGCAGGCUUGGCACGUAUCAAGGAGAACCUGGAGCACUACGGACUGUCAUUGGACUUUGAAUCUAAAGUCAUCGUCGUACCUGGCGAUCUCACCGACUCGACACUGGGACUCGGACAGGAGAAGUACGAACAUUUCGCUCAAUGGACCAGUGUUAUUUUCCACCUUGCCGCCCAAUGCAACUACAUGCCUUCAUACUCGGAGCUCCGCGGCGCCAAUAUCCAUGGGUUUUCGAAUAUUCUUCGGUUCGCCAAUACGAAGCGCCUCAAGCCCGUGCAUUAUACCUCCAGCAUUUCAGCCUGCGGAACAUCUGCAUAUCUCGAGGGUAGAGAGCUUAUCGGCGAGAAUGAAAGACCAGCCCUCAACACUACGGACUCCGAAAGAAAGCUCGUCGGUUACAGUGAGACCAAGAUCGUGGCCGAAAGCAUCGCCUGGGAUGCCAUCGCAAACGGCAUGCCAGUAACCAUCCAUCGCCUACCCGUCAUUUCCGGCCACAGCAAAACGGGAGUUGCCAACCCCGGGGACGGUUUCCAACAUCUGAUGGUCAGCUCCAUCCGCGUUGGAUGCUACCCGUCCCCCCCAGCGGCCCGCUGCCAGAUGAUCCCAGUCGACUACGCAAGCUCAGCGAUCCUGGAAAUUGCGCUUAGCAGUCACCACAGCCAUGCCUAUAACCUUGUCCUACCUGAUCAAACUCAUACCUUGACGUGGGAUGAGGUUCUAGACCUGGUGGCACAUUAUACGUCCCCCCCGUUGAAACGGGUAUCGGCUUUGGAGUGGGCUGAUAUUGUGGCAACGCAUGGAGAACAUCAUUUCAAAGUCGCGUCGGCGUUCUUGCAGGAUAAAGUUCGGGAAUUGUUGGUGUACUGGGAGGCGGAGACGAUGACGAAGACUGUGUAUGAGAAUGCGAAUGGUCGGCGUGUUUUGCUUGCGUCUUCGGAUAUGCCGGAGUUGCCUUCUAUGCCGGAGCUGCUGAGUACGUACUUUGAGGUUUGGCAGAAGGAGGAGCAGAAGCAGCACCGGUGAUGUCGGGGCUGCUGGGUUGAAGUAGGAAAUUGUGAGGAGGGCAAGGACAAAGUCAAUGAAGUAUCCAUCAUGAAAGACAGGUUGUCAAUUAGGAUAGAUAAAAAUGAG